AAUAAAGCACUUGCUGCGACCACCAACAAUCUUGGUAGGCUUUGCGCAUCAGAAAUAGCAAUACUUAACAUAUCAAUAGAGGAUAAUAGUCCCAUCGUAACACGGACCCAUUGUAUUCCGCAUUGUUACAGCCAUCUUUGAAGCCGGAAACGAACCAUCUUCAACCAUGUUUUCAAAGCACAAAAUUUUCAUCCUGCUGCCUCUGUUGUUUGCAACACCCGGAGCGCAUGGACUCUCGAAUACCAAACCUGAACUUCCCGAUAUUUUUGGAAACAACAAUGGACUUUUGGUGCGCACCAUCAACACCCAGAGACCCACUCCGGUGCGACCAACAGAGCCUACGGCCUCUCCGACGGAAUCACCAGCACCUAGCCCAAGUCCUUCGGAAAGCCCCACCGCCGAUCCCAACCGAAUCACCCCAGGGCCAACUGAUUACCCAACAGAAAGUCCCGCACCUUCGCCUAGCCCUUCGCAAACUCCUACUAUUGCACCAACACCUAGUCCGUCCGCUACUCCAUCGGUGGCUCCCACUAUUUCGUCAGCCCCCUCAGCAGCCCCUAGCGCGACCCCUAGUGCUGCGCCAAGUGAUGCACCGUCUAUGGCUCCUUCCGGGCAACCGUCCUUAUCUGCCGCUCCUUCUGCCGCACCUACCAUUUCGACAGCUCCGUCUGCUAAGCCUAGCGCUUCCCCGACACAGCAACCCUCUUCAUCCCCGAGUUCUGCUCCUUCCUACUCUCCGACCACCGUCGUGCAUCGCACAAAAACAGCCGUCACGACGUUAUUGUUGGAAGAGAUCUCAGCGGAAAUGGAUGAACUCACAAUGGCUGAGUUUGAACUCUUCACCUUGGACUUUUUGAAGCGAAAGAUUGAGCCAAGUGAUGAAUAUGGCUUGAACAAUUUGGCCGUGACCGUUCUAUCACAAAGUCUCGUUUAUCCCGAUCCAACUGCUGCUCCUAAUAGCAACGAAACAAACUUUCGUGAGCGGAACUUGGAAUCCAACAUCUGGAGCGUGGGUCUUGAAAUUGACAUCCGAUCAGUAGCUGUUGUCACGACAGGACGCGUUCCCACAGACUUCAAUUAUACACGAGAGGUUCUUUUGACUUUCUACGAUCAUUGGGAUCAGUACCUGUAUCAACUUGGAAACAAUAUCGAAUUCUUCAAUCCGCUAGUUGCGGUCAGUGACUGGGUUCCGGUCGUUGACGAAGCUUCCAUCGAUGGCAAAGAAAAAUCCAAGGGUUCCUUCGCCGUCGCCAUUCUUUUCUCGCUUAUUGCAUUUUCGCUUGCCGUGUAUGCUUCGUACGUUGCGAUUCGCAAACACUUGAAUAGGAACGGUGGCAGCCCGAGAAAAUCAGUUGGCACUCCUUUCAGUCCAAAGAAUUCGUCACCAUUGAACUACUCCGGAGAUGAAGUGGUUCAAUAUCUCACCCGUACUAUGUCCGAAAAUGGAAGUCCUGCAGCCUCCUAUCACGACGGCGAUGUUGAAGGAGGUGGUGCCCUCGCCUUUAUCCAGAACGUCAACAUCGAAACUGAUGAACACGGCAUGGAAAGUAUUGCGUUGACACCAUUCAAAGAGAAGUCUCCUACUGCAGCCAUUCGCAAUGGCUUGUUCGUUGUCAAUGAAGCCAAUGAUGACGAUAACUCGCCUAUGAGAAGUCCCUUGGCCAGAUCUCCCACAAUGGGACUGCAAGGUCAAAAGAGUGCGUCCAAAAUCGGUGGACAAUUAAAGAAAUGGUUGACUCCGAGAGGAAUUAAAUAUCCAUCCGCGGCCAAUGCAAACAAAAUAAUGUCGACCGAAUCUAGACAUGAUCCACCUGAGCACCAAAGUAUACUGGGAUACAACUACGGAAAGGAACACAGCGAUCCAGAUGCCUACAAAGCUUCCACUAAAAACAAGGCUGGCGUUUACACUACCGAUAAGAGCACUGUCGAUGGUCGAAGCAAGACCACUGGAAUCAGCUACAACAAGAAGCAAAAGGACGAGGGUCUAUUUACGGUCCCUGUCAGUUUCUUUAAUCGGGACCAAGGUAAUCAAGCGGGUGCUCCAGAAUCUCCGAUGAGCAGUCUUGCAGAUAGUAAUGCGAGCAGCUUCUAUGCGCGGGGCAACGUCAACAAGCAAUUUACAGGUCGCAAAAGCACUACUGGCGAAAUGGAAGACGAAGGUUACGAAGUCUCAGCCUGCAAGGUCAACGCGGCUUCCAUCAUGCGAAAUAAGCGAAAAGAUCCAUCGGAAAAUGACGAAAACGAAGAACCUGUUCUUUCACCACUUGUCAAGGAUGUUGUUCAGCACUUUGAGCAGAAGCAACAGCAGGCCCCUAAACCUCCGAAUUCAUCUGUUGGCAUUGAAACAAUCUUGGGAGCCAGGUCUCGGGACAGUAACGACGAUGACGAUGACAGAAGAAGCCACGUAUCCGCUGCCUUCCUUCAAACGCGUUCGAUUUUUUCUCCGAACAUGAAAAAUGCGAGAAAGAGCCCUACCAAUUCCCAACAGCAAUCCUAUGGAUACGGAAAUGUCAGAGUCCGGGUGCAAAAUCAGAAUGAUGAAGGAAAGAGCGUUACAAGUCACUCUACUCUUGGAGCAAAACCGAUGCAAGGAUCGGGUGAUUUCCGUGACGAUAGAAGCACUUUGAGCAGCGUGAUGAAGCGCGCUGGACGCUAUGAUGUCUAUGCACCAAGCGGCCCUAUUGGCAUUGUAGUGGACACAUCCAAAAACGGUCCUUCCGUUCAUUCCCUGAAGUCCACAUCACCCAUGCUUGGAUUGAUUAAUCCUGGUGAUUUGAUCGUUGCAUUGGAUGGUGAAGAUACCCGUGACAUGACUGCGGCAGCAUUGACACGGUUGAUGGCCUUGAAGUCAAGACAACAGAACAGAAAAAUCACCCUUCUUUCCAACUAAAUACAAGGAGAAACAUGUCGUCGAACUUUAUCACUUUUCGACUGUUCCCAUACACGUAUCAUAAUAGAAGCGACGCAGAACAAGAUGGCAAUCGGGUUUAUCAAAUAAGUAAGAAUGGAAUCGUCGCCUUCAAUUUACCAACAAACUUUUAGAAUAUUUAAUGUUACCACAAUGUAAAGACAUAG